UUUUCUGAAGCUGCCUCUGUCAGCUGAAGCCAAAGAACAAGCUCAAUAAUAUCCCUAUUUGAUCUCACCCAUCGAUUCGCGGCUUUUUGCCGUCGUGCUUUGGAGCGUACGCUGAGGAACGGAAACCGUACAGAGCCACCGUCCAGGCUUGAAGUAUUGGCUUUCCUCAUGCGUGAUCCCUGUGAACACAGUAUGCCCCACAGUAUCCCGGUGAAUUUGCCGGAUACUUCCUAUCAGGUGAUUGGGUUUGAUGGCUCGAGCACCGUCGAAGAGUGUAUGCUGAACUUAUGCCAGAUAACGUCUCUCAGACACCCAAAGUUGUCCGGCUACUGCCUCUUUGCCGAUGAUCCCGGCCUCCCAAAUGCAUUGCAACCGCUGGAUCAACGACAAAAGCUCUGCGACGUGCUUUCUCGGUGGGAGAGAUCGCUAAAAGAGUACACUUCCGGUAAAGUGCCAACAAGAACAGCAGUACGACUUUAUUUUCGACUUCGGUAUUACUGGGGUUAUGAUAUUCAGGGCGAAACCGAACAGGAGCGCAUUUACCUCGCCUAUCAAAUGGCGGAAGAUAUGAAAACUGGCCAUAUACCCAUAUCGGUAGAUCUGGCCAUCGAAACAUGUGCUUUAUUGGCACAGAUGCAUUUCGGACCUUGCAAGGGUGUAAACGACAGUCGCAUUGAAGACGUCAUCAACCAAUCGAUUUCAGACAAGGUGGUGGCUGUUUCAUGUAAAAACGUGCUCAAGCAACAAGUCUUGAAAAAGUGGUGCGGUUACCAAUUAUUAUCACCUUUCGAAUGCGCCACGGCUGUGGUAAAGGCGCUGAGAGUUUGGCCGCAUUUUGGAGCAAAGCUGUUUGAAGCGACGGUAUUAUUUAUUUACUUAUCUAUGAUAGUAAUUAUAUACCUAUGA